UUAGUGUCACCAUGACCUGUGGUUUUGAUGCACUUGUGCACAUAAUACAGUUCUCCGCUUUAGACAGUCCUUCUUAUCGCGGCUUUAUGGAGCAAUCUGACAAUCCUUUACUGCUAUUUACGUCAAAUUUCUGUAAAAGUGGACUCACGAAGGAAAUUUUAUUGGAACGUUUGAAGACUCUCAACCAAUUUUAUUUUAUUGGAAAAGACGCGAGUAACACUUCCAUACAUCCAUACAUUCUCGAUGCUGAGGAUUUUAUCGCAAGGGUAUGGAGUAAUUAUUUUUCUGACGAGCCUAGUGGAUUUAGAACCUAUAAUUGCAGUGUUUCGGACUGUUUCGGUAAAAAGAUCGACAAACUACUACUCCUCGCUGUAAACGAAAAGCUGAUACGACGACAGGGCUAUGGAUGCUUACGGAAAGCCCUACUCUAUCACAGCCAAAUAUCCAACAUUAAAUGUCGAGAACCAGAAUGCAAUGGAACCGUGACCGAAAAUACUGAAUUGAAUAUUCAUAUCUGCAUUGAAUUAGAUGUGAGAGUUGCCAUUGAUUCAAAGACAGCAAUUAAGGGUUUUCUGAGUGAUUUCCCAGUAUCUCUUGAAUUAGACAGAAAGUAUCGACUCGUUGGUAUAGUUGAUUACCAGUUAGGCCAUUUUAUCGCUUACUGUCUCAGAUCAGGCGGGACUUGGCUACAGUGCGACGAUAUGCAGAAGAAAAUUACAUCCGUUAAUAAUCCUAAAGAGACCUCUGUAUUCCCCCACAUUGCAAUUUACGUACUGGAAUAAUUAACUUCUCCAACUGUGAAGAUUUGCAUGUUUCUAGAUGUAGUUAGUUCUCGAGUUAUCUCAUCAGCGCUCAAUCAAAUGAUGAUUGUGUUAGGCAUUUUAUAGUAUUUAAGGGCGAUGGGGAGUUGGAGAGGUGUCUGAAGACUGGUGGUGAUGCUGGUGACAUGCUUUGGGGGGGAGAAACCACGUGGAUUUGACAGCUGUCAGAGGGAUGGGACUGAAGACACUGGGGAUAUGGAGGAUUUGGGGGUUCAGGAGGAUUUUGUGGCGAUAUUGGAGAUGUUGGAAGAGAUUUUCGAGAGAAUUAGGGGCAGGGAGGAGAUCAGGGAUAGUUUAGAGACAUUUUCUACUGGGGAUUUUGGGGAUUCUCUGGGUUCAGGGAUGGUUUUGCUGGGUCUGGAGGGAAGGAGAUUGUGCUGAGGGAAUCACAUCCAGACCCUGGUACUGGGACUGAAAGUAGGAUUCAGCGGCAGAUUGUUUCUACAUGUAUAAAGUGAUAUUUGUUAUUUCUAUAUAGAUUUUAUAGAGAAAAACUAAUGAUGUCAAGUUGAGCGCAAGAUUAUUGAUUCAUAUUAUUCGAUUUUAUUAAAUGUUUAGACAAAAUAUUAUUCUAUUGUGCACAUAUAUAGUUCUCCGUUGUAUUUAAAUUAUAUUGGUGUCCAUUAUGAGAUGAGAGUUCGAGUCUGUUCCUCUCCUCGGUUCCAACUGUAUUUUUUUAUAAAAUAAAAAAACAGCUUCCAAUCAAAA